AAAGGCCCCAAGUUAAUGAGGCGUGCGCCGGCGGCGGAGUGCCUUUCGGAGCUGGGCUUUCCCCCGCGGCGCGGGCGCCAGGAGCCGCCUUUUCCGCUGGGUGUCACUCGGGGGUGGGGGGGAUGGCCCAUUCAAAAGCGCCGCGAGGGGGCCCGGCCAGAGCCCUUCAGUGAGCGCUCGCAAGAGGACGGCAGGGCCCCGGCGGCUCGCAGCUCCCGGACCUUGUGGCGGAUCAGGACGCGGCUACCCUGCUGCCCGGACCCCGAGGAACCGCCGCCGCCGCCGCUCUGCUUCCUGCGCGUUAGCCUCUUCUGCGCGCUCCGGGCAGGCGGCCGCGGGAGCCGUUGGGGCGAGGACGGCGCGCGGCUGCUGCUUCCCCCCGCGGCCCGGGCGGCUGGAAGAGGAGAGGCCGAGCCGAGGGGCGGCCCCCCCUAUGCCGGGAGGAUGUUGGAGAGCAGCGGCUGCAAGGCGCUGAAGGAGGGUGUGUUGGAGAAGCGCAGCGACGGGUUGCUGCAGCUCUGGAAGAAAAAGUGCUGUAUCCUCACUGAGGAGGGGCUGCUGCUCAUCCCGCCCAAACAGCUGCAACACCAGCAGCAGCAGCCCGGGCAGGGGCCGGUCGAGCCAUCCCAACCCGGAGGCCCCGCUGUGGGCAGCCUCGAGCCGCCCGUCAAGCUGAAGGAAUUGCACUUUUCCAACAUGAAGACCGUGGACUGCGUGGAGCGCAAAGGCAAGUAUAUGUACUUCACUGUGGUGAUGGCCGAGGGCAAGGAAAUCGACUUUCGGUGCCCGCAGGACCAGGGCUGGAACGCGGAGAUCACGCUGCAGAUGGUGCAGUACAAGAAUCGUCAGGCCAUCCUGGCGGUCAAGUCCACGCGGCAGAAGCAGCAGCACCUGGUCCAGCCGCCGCCGCCGCAGCCGCAGCUUCAGCCCCAGUCCCACCCCCAGGCCCCGCCGCAACCGCAGCCACAACCCAAGCCCCAGCCGCAGCCGCAGCCGCAGCCGCAGCCGCUCCAUCCGUAUCCGCAUCCGCACUUGCGUUCGCACCCACAUCCGCACCCGCACCCACUACCGCUCUCGCAGCCGCACGGCCACCGGCUUCUCCGUAGCACCUCCAACUCUGCCUGAAGAGGGCAGCACCCGGGCCAGACGAGGUUGUGAGGACUUGAGGAAGUGAGACGAGCACCUUUCUAUUGUCUUCACUUGGAUCGAAAACAAAACAGUCGCCCCGCCCGCACCAGACCAAGUAGUUUGGACAGAAUCCAACCGAUAACUUGGCGAUUCCUCCUCUUAGUUUUUCUGCAUACUCUUAAUCACAAUGCAGGAAAUGAUUUCGAGUCCAGAAGGCUUUAUUUAUGAACCUUUGAGAGGAUCUUCCAGUAUGGUGGACCUUUUAGGAGCGAUGAUGUACUGUAAUGUUAUUUUAAUGUAUUUUGAUUUAUGAUUAUUUAUUAGUUUUUUUUUAAAUGCUUGUUCUGAGACAUUUCUGAAUGUAGGCCAUUUUCCAAAAAAGAAACUUUAUUUUCAAAAACCUAUUCCCUAGUAAGUUCUAAUCUUGGGAAAGAAGAAAGUAAAAGGGCGGUGAAGGGGAACACAUCAAGAAUUCAUUUCCAGAAGGUCUGACACUUAAAUGUUAUACCAGGUGGUUGAAAUUAAACUCUGUGAUACUACGUGGAGUUUUCUUUCUUUUUUUUUUCUUUUGAGUUUGUUUUUCCUUCGACAUAUAUUUUGUGUAGAAUGUAAGUUUAAAGAAGCUAAAUGUUCAGAAUUGUGUAAUUAUAAAAAUCGAAUUGCUUUUUCUAAAAGGAAAUCAGUAGUAAUGAUAGCUGAUUCAAAAUAUUUCAAACAUAACCCAACUGAUGGCAAGAUGAUCAUAUCCUGAAUAUACAAGGAGGGCUGGGUCUGCUGUAGGAAAAGCCUUUCUUAGAUUUAUCUAUGUGUGAAGGGUUUAAUAAGGAGUUUUCUAUGAUUUCUGAGUAUGAAUGUAUUAGGUGUUUCAUUUCAAAAAACAUAGUGGGGGAAAAGAAUUUUUCUACUUGUUUGAGAGAACAUUUGUGCUCUUAUCCACAAUAGAGAUUACCCUUCUCCAAGAGCUUUGCACACUUGAUGUGAACCACAUUUUCUGGCCCUUUUACUUUGUUCUAGAAGCAUAUUCUAGAAUCUCAUAGUUUAAAAUACAGUUUGUAAAUAUCUCAAAGGACUAGGAGUCAUAGCUUUUUGUUUUCCUUCUGAGAAUAAUGUUGAUCAGAGACACCAGCUGUUUUGCUUUUUAUUGCUCUGUGAGAAAUCCAAGGGUUAUAUGUUUUGUUGUUAGGUUAGCUAAACUCAGAAAUUGAAAAAGGAAGGACUGGAUAAACACUGGAUUUGCAGUAAGAAAACAACCCCAGUCUUGUUUUAGCAGCGACUUGUUCAGGAGUCAGGGGGGUUGUCGGGGUGGUGGGGGGAGGUGGGGGAAGAGCAUGUGCUUUUAAAGGUAGAACAAACCCUCUUCUGUGUUAAAUCAAAAGGAUGGUCAAAAUCCACAAGGGCAGAUGCUACUUAAGUUUAAAAAGAGCCCAUAGAUGCUACCAAAUCCUCUUGCGGCUGAAAAUCACUUCCUAUCUGCCUAGCUUUACUAACGGGUCUCUGUUUUCCAUCAUCUUUUCUGCAAAGUCUUGAUCAGUGUUUGUCCAGCUUCCAAAUUGGAAUGGUCAGUAUUGGGCCACUGCUAAGUUCUGUAGUCAAGAAAUGAAAAUAGAAUUUCAUGUUAGAGAUAUCUUUAUUCUCCCUCCAUCUGAAAAGGAGUUUCAAGGUCAAAUUACUUCUCAGUGCAAUAUUUAAAUGAUGAAAAUUUGAGAUCAAAACUCAAAUCCAAAAAGUGGUGGGGGAAAUAAAAGUCAACCAAAUGGCAAGCAGAAUUUAAGUGGACUCCCACUUGCAGAGGCUAAGUGGCAGUUGUGAAAAAAAUGUAUAUAUGAUGGGCCUCUCAGAGAGCAGAUCUCAAGAGUUCUUAAGUCAAGUUCGUUUUGAUUUCUUUGGAACCACUGCUGUGCUUUUUAAUAAUGCCUCAUUGUACUGUCAUUUUAAUACAUGCAGAUCAUGUAACCCCAAUUAAACCACAGCUUUUUUUUUUCCAGACGGAAGGAUUUUUCUUUCAAAUUCUCAUGCUGUAAAAAAAUUAAAAUCCAUACCAAAUACUUUUAAAAUUAAGAUUCUUGUAGGCUUUUAAAGGCACUUGUAUGUUGUUAGCUUACAUACCGGCUAGGUAGUGUUGUCAAAAAGAAGUAUGCCCAGGCUCCCUCGUGGCUGCUAGAAUUUUUUUCUUUCUCACAAUGGCUCUGGUUUGUAAUGUGGCCACCGGAAUCAUGGUUCCUUGUAUUAUCUUUCCACAGCCCUUAGUCCUGGCUCUGCUGUCAUAUUUAUAUUGAGUUGACCCUCUUAGUGACUGUCUAGUCUGAACCCCUCUUAGCAUUUAACUGUGAAACCUCAGAAAUUAGAAAGGAGAGGAGUAGGAUGGGUUUUUAAAAAAUUUAACACUUAUUAUGGCUUAAUAAUUUUUCCAGCACAACAACAAAAACGAGCAUACUUAACAAUACUCAGCAAAACAAAAUACAAAUGCAAAUCAUUUAAUGUGUUGGUGGCUCUAUUUUACCUGUAAGAAAAUGAUACAAACCACCUAGGGUAUUCUGAGGCCUGACAAAUCACCUUCAUGGAGAAAGGUGAUUCUUCUUUCAACCCAAGAAAAGGAAGAAGGAGAGGACAGGUCCAGUAGAAAACCCACCCCUUAAAUAAACAUAAAAUGUAAAAAGUUGGAAAAUUAAAAGGAAUGUCCCAUCUGGAAACUGAACUUUUUGUCUUUGAACUUGUGUUGGCACCAAGCCUCUUACACAGUGAGUUCAGUGACUAUCUGUUGGGACAAAUGAAAGAAGGAAAAAAUGUCUAACUCCCCAGCACCCAGGAGGGUGAUUUCUCUGGCCUCACACACACUGCUUCCUUCUUUACUUGCUCUCAUGCCAUUCCCUGAGGACAGCUACCACUGGGACCGGCUAUGCAUCAUGACGGAGUUCCUUGGACAUACUUUCUUAGUGGAGAUCCACAUGGAUCUGUAUAUGCCCUGCGGGGAGUGCCGAGGUCAGAGAGCAAAUGGCUAUAAAGGGCCCUUUCAAAAUGAACAUUUCCCUCAUAGAGGAAGGGGGAUUCUCUCAUCACGUAGAAAUCAAACCAACUUUAAAACUUCAUUUCACGUAUUUUUUUCAAUGGAGGUUAAAAAAAAAAAACGAAGCCCAGUUGUUGCUUAAAAGAGUUCCUCUUAACACGUUAGCACCGUUAGGAAGUCUGGCUUAAGCUGAGAGGCCAAUUUUAACGCUGUAUUGCUCUCAUAUUCUAAACACUAUUUCUCUUAAAGACUCUUAAGUCUGACACUAUAUGAGUUGUUGCCAGUGUGUGGGUUCAAACACAUCACUUGUUUUCUGUCCCCAGGGAGAGUGACUUGCUUUUAGCUUGGCUCCAAGUGUUUACAGUGUCAUGUUCAGUGGCAGGUUUACAAGAGGGAUCUAAGACUUGAAUGCAACUGGAGCAAUCUCAUAGAAAAUAGAGCUUUGUAGGAUGACGAUGGGCCUGUGAACCUUCGUUUUCCUCUUUUUUUUUUUGUAAAUGUCAAACUAAUUCGUUUUUGCUUUACCAGUAAAAUGCCCUCAGUAGAAUAAAAUUUAAAUUUGGGAAUUAUAGAGCUCGAUGAAUCCAUCAGUGAUUCUUUCAAGAGAAAUACACCUGUUUACCUAAAACAACCUAAGAUAUAUUAUUAAUUGUGGAAUUGGGUUGGAUGGGUUUUUAAGAACUAUUUUCUAAAUUCUUGACACAGUUUAAAGGGUGAAUUUUGAUCUGCGGUGCCGAACAGCCGUUCUAGAUUUACAUCAGAUUGGAUGACAAAGUGAUCUGUGACUUUGUUGGCAGGACUCCAUCUGCCAAAUGGAGUAAAGGAUCCAACAGGGUUUCCUAGAAAGGGCAUUAUUGUCUAAUGAAGGAAGCAGAAGGGCCCUGGACCAUUAGAAGCAGCUGCAUAAAAACUACCUGUUCUGGGCUUCCCUGGUGGCGCAGUGGUUGAGAGUCCGCCUGCCGAUGCAGGGGACACGGGUUCGUGCCCCGGUCCGGGAAGG